AGCCCAUCAUCAAGCUUUUCAGCACCAGUCGUCGCCAUGGGUACGUGAAAGAACUGACAUAGCCUGCGUAUGCGAGUGGUGAUGAUACCUUGUGUAUCUCUCUGCGAUCUGGGCGCUCUCUUCUGAGAAGAUGAGCAGCCACAUUUGAGCAUGAACCAUCUGGCUGAUACGGUUUCCAAUUUCCAGGUAUCGAUCUCGACCGCCACCACGUCAAGGGCACUCACCGCCAGGCCCCCAAGAGCGACAAUGUCUACUUGAAGCUCCUGGUCAAGCUUUACCGCUUCCUGGCCCGCCGAACCGAUGCCGCCUUCAACAAGGUUAUCCUUCGACGACUCUUCAUGUCCAAGAUCAACCGCCCUCCCGUUUCUCUGUCCCGCAUUGUUUCCAACAUCAACAAGGAGGGCGAGAAGCGCACCGUCGUCAUCGUCGGCACCGUCACCGAUGACAACCGACUUCUGAGCUUCCCCAAGGCCACCAUCGCCGCUCUUCGAUUCACUGCCACUGCCCGUGCCCGAAUUGCCGCCGCCGGUGGUGAGGCCAUCACCCUGGACCAGCUCGCUCUCCGUGCUCCUACCGGAAGCAACACUCUGAUCCUCCGUGGACCUAAGAACAGCCGUGAGGCCUUCAAGCACUUCGGCUUCGGUCCUCAUAAGCACAAGAAACCCUUCGUCGAGUCCAAGGGACGCAAGUUCGAGCGCGCUCGUGGUCGCAGACGCUCACGUGGCUUCAAGGUCUAAAUUAUGCUGGGAAAAUUGGGCGAGCAUCGGGAUGGAGGUGGUAUUUAUCUCCAGUUUCGUUUUAUGUAUGGGACCUAAAUGGUAUGGCGUGACUUGAUAUCAUUCAAAGUUAAAAAAUUCGUGCCUGGACAUGGCCAAUUGACGACCAGCUUGACCAAUUUAUCGUAGCACUAAAAGUGACGAUUGAAUGCGUUCAUACUAAUUGUGAUCGCCUUCUAUGCUAAUAGCUGCUGUAGAUUUUCUGCGUAGUGCGACGAAGAAUGCCUCUCUGCU